AUGGCGCUGCACACACUUGUGGGCAUAAAUCUCACCCGUUUGUUACCGAAGAAUUUGUUCUCUCCGGCGAUUUUCAAAACUCGAUAUUCCCUCGCCGUCUUCGCUUUCUCCACCGCCUGUGAGACCAAACGCUCUACUUCUCCGGUUUACUAUUUGUUGGCGCACAAGCACCGUUUGUCUCAUGCUGUGGCUUCACGCGUCGCCUCCGUUUUAGAUCCUUUCGGCUGCCAGAAAAAAUACGGUUCGGUACUCACUUUCUUCGUGCAGAUGAGCUUCACGAAAGCCCAGCUGGAGAAAAUCUUGAAUGUCCGGCCCCAAAUACUCGCCGCCGAUCUUAAGGGUACCAUCAAGCCCAAGAUCGAGAUAUUCGAGGACCUAGGCUUCUCCUCGGAAGAAAUUACCGCCAUAGUGUCAAAACAGCCACUGAUUCUGCACACCAGCCUGUAUAAAAGAAUCAUCCCCGCAUUGGCCUGGUUAAAGGGCAUGUUGGGUUCGAAUGAGAAAGUGGCCAGGGUUCUGAGAGAUAAUGGUCGGCUGCUGACGACCGAUCUUGAAAAACACGUUUUGCCCAACUUCCGGAUCUUGAUGAGCCAUGGGAUGACAGAAGACGAGGUCGCCAGGCUCAUCUAUGUUUACCCGCGGGUCAUACUGUGCAAUCGAGAAACUCUUAGGAGAUGCUUGGACACCAAAGACAAAAUGGGCAUUUCCUGGAGUUCAAAAAUGUCCGUUUAUGCUGUCGGGGUCAUUUGCUCGAUGCCCAACGGGAGUUGGGAACGCAAGCUGCUGGCUUUUCAGGAAAUUUUUGAAUUCUCGAACGACGAAAUGAUUAGGAUUUUGAGGCAGACCCCCACGAUUUUCCGCGUUUCGGAAGAUAAGAUGAGAAAGGUGAAACAGAUAGUGCUCGGGACUGGGAAAUAUGAUACAUCAUCGAUUGCUGCAUAUCCGAGGGCACUCAUGUGCAGCAUCGAGAGGCGGCUGAAGCCGAGGUUUGAGGUUCUGGGGAAGCUGGAGAGUAAGGGCCUGAUCGAGGAGUGGCUUUCUCUCGGAUAUGUUUGCCGAUUGACAGAUGAGAAGUUUUGUGAGGUUAACGGCGUGGAUAUUUUUCUCAGGGAUGUUUCUUUGUGGGGUGGAGAGCCUAAGAUUGUUGUUUUGCUUAUCCCAUUGAAAAACCCUUUGAUUUUUGUGGAUUCAUGCUCAUUUCUGGAGCUGUUGGGCGUGGUGCAAUUGCAAGCAUAUGAUAAAGAUGGAAGACAAAAGGGCUUGCUAAAAUUUUCAGCAAAAUUUGAGCUUUUUGCAGUUAGUGUAAUGGAGGAUCACAAGGAGAGAAAUGCACCGUGGCUUUCCGUGCCACAAUUUGGCGACUGGGACCAAAAGGGAGAGCUGCCCGAUUACUCCAUGGAUUUUUCGAAAAUCCGAGAAAUGAGAAAACAGAACAAGAGGGACCCAUCUAGGGCAAGUCUUGGCAAUGAGGAGGAGCUCAUCACAUCGAACACAAAAAGCUCGAGCAUGGUUCAUAAUGACCUUCAUGUAGAUCACCAAAAUGGUGAGGCGAGGCAUCUUCAGCUAUUUUAACUGCUGUGCAAAAGCAUGAACGUUUUAAUCGAACAAAUUUUGCAGCACUUUGUGCUUGUAGAUCGAAGUUUGUCGGUUCGAUUUUCAAAUAUUUGAUGUGGUAUUCAUGUUUAUGGCUGAUGUUGCUGUUGUAAUUCUCUCUUUUUUUACCAUAGUUUUUUGCUUGUAAGUUGUAACUAGAUUUUUUCAUUGAGUUUCUUCCUUUCACUUGUAAUGUUUGGCUUCUUGGUGACAAGUUGAGACACUGUUAUUUCUUGCAUAAUAUUCCCA